AUGCACGACAAGACCUUCUCCGUGCAACAUGAGCAGGGCCUGUCGUACCCACCGGCCUUGGACGAUGGGGAGGACCUCUAUGUGUUCACCACCGUGCGGUGGGACGCAAUGCUCGCGGCCGCCUUUGAGAACACGAAAGCAUCGUGCAACCAUCCAAGUCCUUUCUACAUGUUCGAGCAUCAUUGGACAAGACUCCAGGUCUCGAGGUGGACAAACGAUCUGCCUAGGAGUAGCCCAGCCGAGCUCUUGCGAACCCUGAACCGUGAUGUACAAAUAUGGCAAGCAGAUCACCCAGAGGAGAAAUACGAAUCGCUCAGAGUCAGGCAUCGUAUGUUCCCAAGUGGCAAAACAAUCAGCGACAUUCUGCCGACGGCUCGCGUACCAAUAGAAUAUCUCUUCCCCAAAACCUUCAACUGUCCGGUGACGGAGAGGCUUUCCAAUGCGCCCUGGACGAUUGUGCUGGACAGCGAACCUACCGAGAUCAGCUCGUCUACUAUGUAUAAAACAUCCGAUCGUAUGUGUUACAAUCGGGCGCGGGCAGCGGCUGGCAUCACUUCUUACACGCAAACCAAGGAAGUCCUGCUGUACAGCAGCGACGGUGGCAUCCUUGACUGCUCCAUUUCCACUCCAUAUUUCUUUCGGAAUGGCAGAUGGGUCGUUCCUGCAGCGUCGAGCGGCGGCUUGCAGGGGACGACACGACGCUGGUCGUUAGAGCACGGCUUGUGUGUUGAAGACAGUGUGGGGAAAGACAGCUUGCGAGAUGGCGAAGUCAUUUGGCUCAGCAAUGGCGCUCGUGGCUACUUCCCUUCUCUCUUUGUCAAACAAUGUCAUAACAAGACCGAAGACAAAACCCCUGGGUGA